CGGGAGUGCCACACAAUCUGCCGUGGAAGGGAGAGCUCCUCAGCCGCAGCCUCCGAUCUGGCACCUCCCUGAACAGGUUCUGGCUCUGCAGACAGAGAUCCUGAGCCACAGGCUGCUGCGUCUUGGGUGAAGGGAGGAGCAAGAUACAGGGUGCAGCUCGGCAGACUGGGUCCCAUCCUCUGCUAUCGACAUAAUCUGUAACCUCGAGGUGAUGCUGGGACUGGAAGCAGUUUCUAACUGAGGACUUGAAUGCUGUGGCGGUCAAUGCUAUCCAGUAGCAGGCCCCCGGCAAGUGCACCAGAGCCUUGCUGCAGAGCUCUCUGCCUAACCAGGGCUGAGCUGGACACCACCCUGCGGCCAAACAGCAGCUCCCUCAGCUGAGGGUCCAUCCGACUGAAGAGGAACUCUACCCUUCCAGGCUACGGUGGAGAAUGCCCAAGGCGGCAGCAGCAAGAGCUGGACUUCUGGAGCCAUGGAAGAUUGCACUGAUUGUCCUGGCAGGGCUGGCGCUUCUUGCAAUCGUUGUUGGGCUGCUAGUAUAUUUUUUGGCCUUUGAUCAAAAGAAGUUCUUCUACAAUGCUACCUUUAGGAUCAACAAUGUGCCCUAUCAGCCUAGUUUGAAAAAACAGACCUCAGAAGAAUUUAGACAGCUCAGCAUGAGCAUUGAGACAUUGAUCCAUCAGGCAUUUGAAGAUCAUACUUUAAAGAAAAAAAUGAUCCAAUCCUCUGUCGUGAGGCUAAGCCCAGACGAGGGAGCCGUGCUGGCUGAUGCAGUGCUGGUUUUCAAGUUCACGGCCUCGGAUAGCAGAGAGGCGCUCCAGGACAGUGUUUACAGUGCUCUGCUGAGAAGACUGAGAGCUCCAGUGGGGUCCUUGAGCAUCGACUUGGCAUCUUACAGGCUUUCAGAGAUCCCUGCAGACAGUGGUGGAAAUCUUAUCUACAGCUGCUGUGGGACACGAAUCGAUAAAAGCGGUGAAAGAAUUUUUGACGGAAACGUUGCCGAUGAAGGGGAGUGGCCCUGGCAAGCCAGCCUGCAGCUGCAGGGCACCCAUCGCUGCGGGGCGUCCCUGAUCAGCAGUAGCUGGCUUGUAACUGCAGCUCAUUGCUUCAAAGGGUUCAAGAAAAUCAACUUCUGGACGGCUAGCUUUGGUGCCCGUUUGAGGUCCCCCAAAAUGAAAAGGAAUAUUCGCCAGAUCAUUGUCCACGAACACUAUGCAGAUAAUGUCUUGAGCCAUGAAUAUGAUAUUGCUGUUGUGGAGAUCUCUCCCCCAGUGCAAUUCUCAGCUGAAGUGCAUCAUGUCUGCCUUCCAGAAGCCACGCAAGUCUUCUCAGACAAUACCACAUGCUUCGUCACAGGGUGGGGAGCUCUGAAGGAUGACGGUGAGAAAUUAUUCACAGCAUAA